AUGCAGAUCCAAGAAGCGCUCAAAUUCAUCGCAAUGGUAUCCACAGACCACUUCAUCGGCGACAUCGGCCAACCACUGCACGUCGAAGCCGUCGCGCUCGGCGGGAAUCAGAUCAGCGUCACAUGCGGCGGGUCGAAGAGUAAUCUGCACUCUGUCUGGGACUCGGGUAUUAUCAACAAGCUCCUCGUCGCACAGUACAACAACUCGGUUACAACAUGGGCAAGCGCGCUCGUUUCGCGGUUGCGUACAGGCGAAUACAACUCUCUCGCUGCAAGCUGGCUCUCCUGCACAUCCACCACGGAGCCUCUCAUCGCACGGCGCAGCGGAAGUAUCGAAGACGACAUCGCCACCAUCCUCCGACGAGUUGACGAUGACGGAGACAUAGAGCCACUCCAAUGUCCAAUCGUAUGGGCGCGCGAUUCGAACUCGUUCGAUUGCAGUUUCGUGUUCAACUUUGCGGAUAAGCAGGAUCUAUGCAACUCGACGUAUUCCGUUGAGGCUAUCCCUAUUAUCGAGACGCAGGUCGCAAAACAAGGCCUGCGCCUCGCAGCAUGGCUGAAUGUACUAUUCGACGGUGUCCCGUUGACGCCUAGCAGUGGAAUCCCCAGCCCAUUCUAA